AUUGCUUUUUAAUCCUCUCUGGUUCUUUGGACUAUUCUCACCCACUCAUCCCCCCACCUUCUCUCUCUCCCCUAAUAUCUAUAUAUAUAUAUUGUGUACGUCCCCGAGGCUGCUCGAUCUGUACAGAAGAACCCAAACGGAGGAGAGAGGCUGUGAGAGUGAGAGAGAGAGAGAGAGAGAGAGAGAGAUAUUGAACAGAGCAGAGCAAUUUAAAAACAAAAGCAAAGAGAAGGCAGGCCUUUUACACGUGAUAAAGAAAACACCAAAAGCACUUGCAUGCGUGUAUAAAGAUUCAUCACCAUCAUCAUCACCAUCUCUCUCUCUCUCUACACACACAAUCUGGAGUGAAUCCCCCACAAAACCCAUCUUUUUAUCUCCACUUUCUAACUCUUUCACGUUCUUUAACCAGUCCAUCUUUCGAUUUUCUGAUUAAAGCCCAUUGCUUUCUGAGCUGGGUUGCUGAGUUUCAAAUAUAUCUGGGAAGUGUACAUCAAUUUCUCAAGACAUUUUCUGUUUUGAAGUGGAAUUGGACGAAACAGACUUAAAUCUGUGAAGGGUAAUGAGUAAAAACUAGAGAAGACAAGAGCGUCUGUGUGUGCCAUUUUGGUGGACAUAUAUUUUGAAAAAGUGUUUUUGCUUUUCAAAGCAGUUCAAAACCAACAAUCAUGCCUAUGAGGCAGAUGAAAGAAAUCCCAGAACAACACCUUGUGAUCAAACCUCAGUUGCAGAACUCCAUGAAUCAACACCUUGUGAUCAAACCCCAGUUGCAGAACUCCAUGAAUCAAGUUCACAAACCUCCCAAAACAGCUCAAAAUGGCAAAGGCCCACCAACCCAUGAAUCCCAAAAUACCGAACUCCAUAACCAGCCCUUUCUUCCAUCAAAGAACAGAGGAAGGAGGAGGGGAAAAGGCGGCCGCAAACCCGAUAACAGCGAUGUCCUAAUGCGGCCAAGCUUGAGGCCAGCCUCGGUGCAGCCAACGGGAGCUUUCGAAGCAGAUAUACCGAAUGGUUCCCGUUCCCGGAGCAACUCAUGUGUAGAGAGGGGUUUUCCUUCUUCAAGCAAGUCUUUGAGUUGUGCACAUAGGCCAGGGUUUGGACAGCUUGGGACAAAAUGUGUUGUGAAGGCCAACCAUUUCUUUGCGGAGUUACCGGACAAGGACUUGAACCAGUAUGAUGUUACUAUUACUCCUGAAGUUGCAUCAAGAGCUGUGAACAGAGCUAUCAUGGCAGAGCUGGUGAAACUGUACAAAGAAUCUGACUUGGGGAAGAGAUUGCCAGCUUAUGAUGGCAAAAAGAGUCUAUACACAGCUGGUGAGCUGCCAUUUGCAUGGAAGGAGUUCAACAUUAAACUUGUGGAUGAAGAGGAUGGAACCAAUGGUCCCAAAAGGGUGAGGGAGUACAAAGUGGUGAUCAAGUUCGCUGCACGGGCAAACUUGCAUCAUUUGGGCCAAUUUCUUGCUGGUAAGCGUGCUGAUGCUCCCCAGGAAGCUCUUCAAAUUCUUGACAUUGUGUUAAGAGAACUUGCAACAAAGAGGUACUGCCCUGUUGGAAGAUCAUUCUUUUCACCAGAUAUUCGGAAACCACAACGGCUUGGUGAUGGUUUGGAAUCGUGGUGUGGAUUCUACCAAAGUAUAAGGCCUACCCAGAUGGGCUUGUCCCUUAAUAUUGAUAUGGCUUCAGCUGCCUUUAUUGAGGCUCUCCCUGUAAUAGAGUUUGUUGCCCAGCUUCUAGGAAAAGAUGCGAUAUCAAGGACAUUGUCCGACUCUGACCGUGUAAAGAUCAAGAAGGCCCUUAGAGGAGUGAAAGUCGAAGUAACACAUAGGGGUCAUGUACGAAGAAAGUACCGAGUUCAAGGAUUAACAUCUCAACCCACAAGAGAAUUAGUGUUUCCUGUUGAUGACGACUCAACCAUGAAGUCAGUUGUUGAAUAUUUUCAAGAAAUGUAUGGCUUCACAAUUCAGUAUACACACCUUCCUUGCCUUAAAGUGGGAAACCAGAAGAAGGCAAACUAUUUACCUAUGGAGGCCUGCAAGAUUGUUGAGGGGCAACGAUAUACUAAAAGAUUGAAUGAGAAACAAAUUUUAUUGGUACAGAUGGUUACAUGCCAAAGACCUCGGGAUCGAGAGAAUGACAUUUUGCAGACGGUUCAACAAAAUGCUUAUGAUCAAGAUCCAUAUGCAAAGGAGUUUGGGAUCAAAAUCAGUGAAAAACUCACGUCUUUGGAGGCACGGGUACUCCCUGCCCCUUGGCUGAAAUAUCAUGAAACCGGGAAGGAAAAGGAUUGUUUGCCUCAAGUUGGUCAGUGGAAUAUGAUGAACAAGAAAAUGAUUAAUGGGAUGACUGUGAACCGGUGGGCAUGCAUCAACUUCUCACGGAGUGUGCAAGAGAGUGUUGCUCGUGGGUUUUGUAGUGAAUUGGCUCAAAUGUGUCAAGUGUCUGGCAUGGAAUUUAAUCCAGAACCUGUGAUUCCAAUCUACACAUCCAGGCCUGAUCAAGUAGAGAAAGCUCUGAAGCAUGUUUAUCACUCAUGCACAAACAAACUGAAAGGAAAAGAAUUAGAGCUUCUAUUAGCUAUUUUGCCAGACAACAAUGGAUCACUAUAUGGUGAUAUAAAGCGAAUAUGUGAAACAGAUCUUGGUUUGAUGUCACAAUGCUGUCUGACAAAACAUGUCUUCAAGAUUAGCAAGCAAUACCUGGCUAAUGUGUCCUUGAAGAUUAACGUUAAGAUGGGGGGUAGAAACACUGUUCUUUUGGAUGCUAUCAGCUGUAAAAUACCAUUAGUUAGUGACAUUCCAACCAUAAUAUUUGGAGCAGAUGUGACCCACCCAGAGAACGGAGAAGACUCGAGCCCCUCGAUAGCUGCUGUAGUAGCUUCUCAGGAUUGGCCUGAAGUCACAAAAUAUGCUGGAUUGGUUUGUGCUCAAGCUCAUAGACAGGAACUCAUACAAGACUUGUACAAAACCUGGCACGAUCCUGUCCGUGGCCCAAUUAGUGGUGGAAUGAUCCGAGAUCUUCUAGUUUCCUUCCGAAAGGCAACAGGGCAAAAGCCACUAAGAAUUAUAUUUUACAGGGAUGGUGUGAGUGAAGGGCAGUUUUAUCAAGUCCUACUGUACGAGUUAGAUGCAAUCCGGAAGGCUUGUGCUUCAUUAGAACCAAACUAUCAACCACCAGUGACUUUCAUUGUGGUCCAAAAACGACAUCACACCAGAUUAUUUGCAAACAAUCAUAGGGAUCGCAGCAGCACCGACAAGAGUGGAAACAUCGUACCCGGCACUGUGGUUGAUUCCAAAAUUUGUCAUCCAACAGAAUUUGAUUUCUAUCUCUGCAGCCAUGCUGGGAUUCAGGGGACAAGUCGGCCAGCUCAUUACCAUGUUCUAUGGGAUGAGAACAAUUUUACAGCAGACGGAAUUCAAUCAUUAACAAACAAUCUUUGUUACACGUACGCAAGGUGCACACGCUCGGUCUCUGUUGUUCCUCCGGCUUAUUAUGCACAUUUAGCAGCAUUUCGAGCCAGAUUCUAUCUGGAACCAGAUAUGCAGGAGAAUGGCAGCAGCGGUGGUGGUAAUGCCGGAAAAAGUACAAGAGCUAAUGGGGAGUCCGGUGUAAGGCCAUUGCCAGCCCUUAAGGAGAAUGUAAAAAGAGUAAUGUUUUACUGUUAGAAAAAAAAUGAAAUGAGGAGGAAAGGGUGAGUUAGGAGGAAAUAGUAAUGUCUAUUGUAGGAGCCUCUUUGUAUAUGUAAUGAUGAUUCUCAAGUUAGUUCAGUGAUAUUUAUAUAGAGCAAGAGCUUUUUAGUUUCCUUUGAAA